AUUCUGGCCUGGUCGCUCGCCAGGUUCGGAAGUGUCAGUGAGCUGUGCCACGGCUUCCCGAGAUCACGGUCAGCUGUUCGCAGUAAGCCGGCUCGAGCGCACAGUUGUGGGGCGCUCCUUGGCAGCUGACCCGCUCUCGCAAACUGCCUAAUCUGCGUCUACGGGACGCAUCUGUCUCCUUAAUUUUAUAGAUCCCAAACCGGCGAAACCCCUUGGAUAUUGCUCCUUUUAUUCCUCGAUCGUUGAAGUGCACUGGGAAUUUGCAAAAGUGCGUGUGAUAGCAGUCCAUUAUGGAUUUAUUGUGUUCGGAGAAUGAACGUGAGUGUAGAGCCUACGCCGACCAAGUGAUUCUUAAGGACGAUCGCGUACUCGAAGGGCUAUUACGGACGGAAGAGCGAUAUACGCCGUCUACUUCUUAUUUCAGAACUGUGCAGAAGGAAAUUACGCCGGAAAUGCGAGACAUCGUCGCCGAUUGGAUGCUCGAGGUGUGCGUGGAGCAGACGCAGCAGGAGGAGGUGUUCCUGCUGGCGACCAACUACCUGGACCGCUUCCUCAGCGUGUGCAGCGUGCCCAAGACGUGCCUGCAGCUGCUCGGCACCGCCUGCCUGCUGCUCGCCUCCAAGCUGCGCCAGUCGCAGAACACGCUGCUCAGCGCAGACAUGCUCGUCCAGUACACCGACAACAGCAUCACGCACGACCAGCUGCUGGACUUCGAGUGGCUGGUGCUGACGAAGCUGAAGUGGGAGCUGUCUGCGGUGACGGCGCACGACUUCCUGCCGCACCUGCUCCAGAGGCUGCCGCUCGUCGCCUGCGACCUGCACGCCGUGCGCCGACACGCCCACACCUACAUCGCGCUCUGCGCCCGCGAUUACAAGUUUUGCCGUUACUUGCCAAGUAUGAUAGCUGCAUCAAGUAUAGCAGCAGCACUGAAUGGUUUAGGAUGGACUACAAAAAGUGGAUUCUCACUAAGUCAACUUCUGGACAGUCUUCAGGCUAUCACCUCAACUGAAAGGGAUUACUUGCAAGUAUGCUUGGACCAAAUAGAAGGGAUGCUUAGCGCAGUCGCUCCCGUAAGUGACGCUGCCGGGGCCUGCGGUGUAACUACGAGUGGCUCAAACCCUGCCACUUCCAACAGGCCUAGUGCUGACCGUGCCACAGCAUCUCCGUCGUCACCGUCGGUCGACAAGAUGCACGAAGCUGGCAAGGCUGGGACGCCUACAGAUGUAUGGGACAUCCAUUUCUGAUUAAAAGCUAACACAAUGCAACAUGGUCAGGUGCAGUCAGGUCAACAUUCCCUUCAAGCUUCAGAAGACUCUACGGACACUGAAUAAAUAAGUGUUACUUAUGUGUUAAAAGAAAAGAAAGAAACAGCAGCAUUAUUUUGUAUUUGGCCAUGAUGUAUGUGGUUAGCAUGUCAUUAAUUCAUGGGCAGAAAUGUAAAGGAACAGAUCAAAAUUUCACAUGAAUUUGUGUGUUAUCUGAAGAACAUCAGUUUUAUUAGUAGUAACAGCCAUUUUAUUUUUCUUUGUAGUGCAUGAAGUGACAACACGGCUGCAUGGAAACACAGAACGUUAUAAUACCAUGUGAUAUGUUACAUUGCCUGUGAUUUAUUUCAAUAUGAAUUGAAAACAAAGAGCCACCAGCACUGGAAUACAUUACCUCUGGAAGAAAGAUGACUUGGGGGCUAUUUGAAAAUUUGUGAUUGGCAUUCAGUCUUUUCUUCCUGAAAUAAGCAAUUUCACUGGACAUGUAAGGUGUUUUUAAAGAGAGCUCUCACAGAAAAUGUAGUUUCUAUUUAUUUAAUUGUACUGAAAUUAGAAGCACAGGUAAUUUUGUGCUUCUUACUCUUGCAUCAUUUAAUAAGACACUUGCAUGAGGUAUUGUAAAGAUUAGCCUCGUAUUCCCAGCUAGUGCUAAAUUAUAGCCUUCAUUUCCAUAUAUGUACAACAGUCUUCAUUUCCAUAUAUGUUCAACAUUCUUCAUUUCCAAAUAUGUACAACAGUCUUCAUUUCCAAAUAUGUACAAUGGCCUUCAUUGCCAAAUAUGUACAAUUAUUAUUCCAGGAAACAGUAAUGCAAGAAAGUGAUUUUGACAGCUUUAAAUUGUAGUGAACCUGUAUGUCUGUCUUUCUGACAGUAGUCUUUUGAACUUGAUAAUGCUUCAUAGACAAAAUGAAAUUGCUUAUUUCAAAUUUCAAAUUAUGUGUUCUGUGUAAAUAUAGGAGUAUUCAUGGUACUACCAGCAUGAAUGGGGAAGUGGGUGUCAGCCCGUGUUUCAUUACAUAUUGAACUCUAGCAGCUGAAAUUUCCUGUUUUUCUGUCACAAUUAAACACAAAGAACAAAAGCAGUGUAAAAUACUGUUACAAAAAUGGAAUAUAGUACUAUGAGGCAAACAUAAAUAAAAGAUAAUCCUAAUUGUUGGUAAGGUGCUUUAGCAUCUUAUAGACAUAAUGAGGGAAGUCACAAGUCAAUUCAGUUCCUUUUAUGAAGUGCAGAUGAUUUUAGAACAGUAAAUUUCUGUCAAUUUUAAACUCAAGCUCAGAAAUCUUUUUGAAUUAACCAAUAUUUCAACAAAGAUGAGCCCAAAAAAAUGAGGGGAAGGCAGUUAUAUACGCUUCUUUAAAUAACAAAGGUUAAUUUGUAUAUUGGUAGAACGCUUAGUCAGUGAUGGUUGAUUUGUAUAUAUAAACUGAUGUACUGAUGAAUUAUGUAAGAAUGAGUGUGUGACAUUGUUUAUUUGUAACUAUUCUACUGCAUAAAUAUUAUAAUAAAAACAGUCUGUUGUUCCUAGAAAAAGAAAGUGGAAUAUUGUAAUUAGUGAUGUUUAUAUUUUAUCCUGUUUUAUUUCAGUCCAUGAAAUGUAUUGUACAGUUUUGAAAAUAAUGGGAUACUGUAAAUGUGUGGAAAAUAGAUUUAUGCGGUUAAAAAUGGUGCUGUUCAUCAAUACAUGACAAUUUAAUUAGUGGUAUUGUUUUUAUAGUUUGUGAGUUUUGUAUACUUUAGCAAGGUUCUUCAAGCCGAAGAUCUCGAUGGACCAGAAAAAUAGAAUCACCAUAAAUAAAAUGUUAUUCUUAUAGUACAGAGAAAUGAAUUGAUUUCUGUAAUCCAAAAAAGAUAUUGUGUUUUGUUUAAAAGUAACAUAAAAUUGUUAGAUAUUUUACUUUUUUAUAUAUAUAUAUAUAUAUAUAUAUAUAUAUAUAUAUAUAUAUAUAUAUAUAUAUAUAUAUAUAUAUAUAUAUAUAUAUAUAGUUAUGCUGGACACUAUUUAAUGUGGUGUAAUGUAUGUUUUAAAUGUUAGAUAAUCAAAUGUGAUAAAACAAUGAUUUAAGUUAAAUACAAGUCAGUGAAAAAAAGACUGUCUAUUUUACUUGAAACUGCUGUAAGUAAUUGUGAAUUUAAUGUCUUCCAAAUGAAGUUCAGUAAUAUAACUUGUAAAGUACACAUAGCAAACAUUUGAUUUUGGUACUUAAAAGUAUUUGGGCACAGAUUUCCGUAAUCAUAGCCAAUUUAGUCAUUACAUAUUUACUUUUUGUUUAUGUGAUUCCCGGAAUGCUGUAUUAAUAUUAUGGCUGUAGAUAAUACUGGUAAAUUUAUGUAUAUAUCUCAGCAUUGCAAACAUGUAAUUCUAACAGAAUUUUCACUUUAGGACACAAAGAGAGUAGAGAGCACAAAUUAUUUGUAUAUUAUUUUAUCUGGCUGUCAUCAACUAAGAAGACAUUAUUACACAUAUCAAUAGUCUCUGACAAGAGACAACGAUUUGUAUGCAAUUUUAUAAUUUUAUUUUGCUCUCCUUACAGGCCUUAUUUCACAGCACAGUUAUUUUAUAUCAGUAUUGAAAUGUGCUUCAGACAGGUGCACAUGCUAGAAAGUGGAUUACACAUAUAGAAUUUCCAUAGUACAUUAAUGUAAUUAUCCUUUCUGAAGUACAACUUGUUUUCCUUAUAACACAUUCAGCAGCAAAUUAUGCAGUGUCAUUCAGUACAAUACGGGGGUGAAUGACAUGUGAUAGACAAAUAAAUUAAACCUAUAUAUGAAUAAUUGUUAUACAAUGUAUAUAAAAUACUGUUAAAAUGUGUGACUUUGUAAUUAUUAACAUGUGUGAGUGUUUGUAGACAGCAAUUUAGCAAGACAGAAUAUGUUUAAAAGAUAUUUCUUUACAGAUAUAACAGGAAUACCGAAUCAGCCUCCAAAACCUCAGAAUGUACACUUUACAGAACAGCACUACUGUAAAAUACAAACAUACCUCAAAUGUUCUGUUUCAUGUCUUUCUUUGAAUUUCUGCAAUUUUAUAGUGAGUUAUGUCAUUUAAAAUUUGUUAAUACUUUGUAAUAUAAAUAUAUAUACAUAUAUUUAAACAAGACCAAUAAAAAACUAUUUCUAAAAUAA